UAUCUGGUGACAAUUGAGGAAAAAAGCAAAGCAACUUUCCUGAGAGCCUACAUGAACUGGAGAUGCAUGUCUGCAGGGAGUUCUCGCGUUUGUGUUCGGAUGGUUGGUCACAAGGUGGAGGAAUCAUACAGCGAAACCUUAAAAGAACAGAUGUCGAUUGUGGAAAUGCCGCUUUCAGAUCCUCCGCUGUGUAUUUCAUGUUGUCCUGUAAAUGGAGAUCUUCUUGUGGGCUGCAAAAAUAAACUGGUCAUGUUCCGUUUGAAAUACCUGGUCAUAAACGAGAAUUUGACUAUGUUAGACUUUGAACGCUCCUUAAUUUUACACAUUCAUGACCUCAUUUAAGUUGCAUUUUGUGCCAGACAUGUAGCCAUAACAACAGAGCUGGAUGUUCUGAUCCUGAAACUGGAACCGAUCCAGCAAAGCGCGGAUGGGACAGAGCAGGGUGCACAUAGAGUUGAUAUGGUAGAAAAGCCUGUGGAUAGAGGUAUGAAAAGUGAAGGCCCUUCACCACAUGGUUUGCAGCUUGAAUUAGAUGAGUUCAUCAUAUGUCAGAAGCCAGUGGAACUGCUUGGAGAAGAAAGUAAACUAUGUGAGAUCCCCGUCACGCUGGAAUCCACAGAGUUGCCGACAGAAGACACAAAGUGCUUCCAAGUGCGGUAUCUGCUUUUCAGACGUUUUACACCUGACCAGUCGCCUUUUGGGUUUUGUGAAGAGACAAAGUUGCACUCUGUUCAGCUGCUUCCUGUGUACCAGACAGGAAGUUCCGUGACAGCCCAUGAAGAAGCUGAGAACAAGAGAGAACUACUGAGUCUCUUUUGCUUUUUCUCCUUACCUCACGUUGGAUAUCUCUACUCUCUUGGGAAGUUAGUAGAACUGAUUUCUACUUAUCAAUAUUCAGAGAAGUCGGAGCAGGCAGUUCUUACUCCACAAUUCCUGCACGUCAUUACAAGUGAGAACCUGCAGUGCUUCACAGUGCGAUGCAGUGCAGCAGCAGCUCGAGAUGAGGAUCCGUAUAUCGAUACGACUGUGAAGGCCUGUCCCCCUGUUGCACUGGAUAUCUGCACAUUAAGAAUGCAGCUUUUUAUAGGACCAAGAGCUAUCUGUCAUUUCAAAAACCAUAUAAUUCUUUUGACUAAGGCAGACACAGAAGAUAUUACUGAAAGAAGAAAGCCUGCAAGAAGGAUGCUCUCCAGAAAGGCUGACGGCAUCAAAUCCAGAACAAAUUCUGAGUCAGAGCCUGGUUGGAAUUUAUAUAUUAUAAACACUGUUUCAACCAUUCAGCUUUACAGAGAAAUGGUAGACUAUAGUAGAACUUACGAAAAUGUAAAAACUGAGAGUUGCAUCCAUCUUCUGAGUGAGGCUCACUUACUGGUCAGAGCAGCUAUAAUGGACCCUCGUUUCGUUAAAUCAGAGGAGAGAGAAGAACUGAUGAGAGCGUUCAGAGAAAGUUGUGCUGCCUUAGGAGACUGCUACAGCAGGUGUGACACAAAGGAUUACCACCUUGCUUUGCCGUACUACAGAAUGUCAGGGUUAUCCAUGACUGACGUUUUAAAGAGACUAGUUUUAGAAGGUGAUGAAAUGCAAACGUAUGAGAGGGGAUUUAUAUUUUACUUAACUCACUCUCUGAAUGAAGACUUAAAUGAAGAAUUAACUAAGGAAUCAGCAAACAGAGUUCUCCGUAUAUUCUAUCAUGCUGACCCUGUGCAGCUGCCUCAUAUCCUCUGCAGCCCCUGCAUGAGAAACACGUGUCCUUUGACAGCUCUGAAGUAUCUUCAGAAAGUAGAACAUGUUAUGCCAUCGGUGGUCCUGACGCUUACUAAGGCUUUCAUGGCUCUGAAAAUGGGAGACCUGACGAUGUACGAACGUGAGAUGGACUCCUAUAAGGAGACAGUACUGGCUUGUGGCUUUGUUGGGCAACCGAAACUCUUGAUACAGCGUAAGGAAGGAAUUGUUACGCCAACCGAGUUUGCUGUUCACCUGAAGGAGAUGCACCCUGGUUUACUAGUGGCUGCUACUGUGGCUUUACAUGAGAACAGUAAAAUCGAACUGGAAGAAGCAGAUACCUUUUUCAAGGCGUUGUGUAGUAACAGUGAAAACGCUGUUCCUCAGCUCUUGGUGGAUUUCUGGGAAGCUCUUCUUGUAGUAUGCUCUCAGGAGGAAAUACUUCAGGAGCUUUUAUUGAGGGUUACUUCUCAGUAUGUUUGGAGAAUACUGAAGAAAGAACGUCCUGAGACUAAGCCAUUGAAAACAACAGAGGAUCUGAUAAACUCCUGUAAUCAUUUUGGAUUGAUUUUCCCGUGGGUAACUUCCAUAAUGUCAGCAGGAUCUCCAUCUGAUAAAGAUUACCGUGAAGAUAUCUCAAGACUACAGUCUCUUUUAUGUAGUCAGUCCAUCAACAUAGCUUCAGCUCUGCCUGUCUUGGAGCCUCUGGCUGAGGCUGACGGUGUUGGCCUCGCCAUCCACGUUCUGUGUAGCACCCGUCUAGGCAAGUAUGAGGAAGCCAUUGACCAGCUUCUUCAAAGGUGUCCCAGUGCAGCUGUAGCGUAUGCUCAGCACGAGCUGAAAGGUGACAGUCGGGCUGUCUGGUGGAACAAGCUGCUUCCUGAACUUUGCAAGAGAACCAGACUUACUGGAAAUGACUGCCCUGUUCUUAUUUCAUCACUGAGAGAAACUUUAUCAGUUGUUGCAAUGGAACUUGAACUAAGGGAUUUCCUCAGUCUUGUACCAGAGGAUGGGACUGCAGCAUUUUUCCUGCCCCAUCUUCUUCACUGCAGCCAGAGGAAGCUGCUGACCUAA